GACGACUGAAGGACAAUAACAGCUGCGGAUGGGUAAGAAACAGAGCAGCCAAGAACGAAAGAACUCUCGAUACCUGAACUGAAAAUAAACUCACCACCGACUAAGCAGGUUAUAGCAGAUAGCUCAGUUGCAUAAUCUUACUGGCAGAAGUUCUAUUGGAUUGGUUGCCGAAAAUCUAUAGCGGAUUGGAUUGGUAAAUACAAGGAAUGCUUCACUGCUUAAGGAUAGACGUCUAGAAGUCAUAAACAGAUGAGAUAAUAUAACACCGAUGCUAGGAGGAAUUACCUCUGUCAGCCGUCUAUUAUCCUGUAUGAGGGCUGAGUUACACCCAGCUUGUGACUGGCAUUAUUAAUUCAUUAAAUCGAUUUGUUCCAGAGCAAAACAAACAGCUGAAAGUCUUAGGGUAUCGAAGCCAGACUUUUGGACACCAAGAAACCAGAAUAUUUGUAAUAGAGAACAAUCCAAGGGUGUAUAACAGCAUUUGGCGGAUGGAAAAGAAUGAAUACAGACACUGUGACAAGGUCACUAAGAUAGAGCACUCGUUAGUGACGAAACUAGUGUAUGGUGAAACUAGUGCCAGCUCUGGAAUUGGCGCCGCUGCUGCUGUGAAGUUUGCAGAAUUUGGUGCCAAAUUAGCAUUGAUUGGACGAAAUUAUGAAAAUCUCAAGGAAAUUGCAAAGAAAUGCGACAAUGCAGCAGGAGAUAAAGAUGAAAAUAGCUAUGGCACGCCACUUCUAAUAAGAGCAGACUUGACGGAUGAAGAAACAACGGCAAAUAUAAUAGGUGAAGUUUUAAAACGUUUCGGACAACUAGAUGUGUUAGUGAAUAAUGCAGGAAUCAUCGAGAAUGGAACUAUUGAGAACACAACACUGGCGCAGUUCGAUAGAAUAAUGGAUAUGAAUGUUCGAUCUGUUUAUCAACUUACAAUGCUCGCAGUUCCCGAAUUGAUUAAAACUAAGGGCAAUAUAGUAAAUAUAUCAAGUGUUUGUGGGCUUCGCGCUUUCCCCAAUGUCCUGGCAUACAAUAUGUCUAAAUCAGCAAUUGAUCAGUUUACACGCUGUGUUGCUUUAGAACUUGCUCCAAAAGGAGUACGUUGUAACUCUGUGAAUCCCGGUGUCGUAGUAACAAACUUACAUAAAAGCUCUGGAAUGAAUGAUGAGGCGUAUGAGAAAUUUUUGGAACAUUGUAAGACUACACAUGCCCUCGGUCGUGCUGGAGAUGUAGAGGAGGUUGCGAAUGCAAUCUGUUUUUUGGCUAGUGAUUUGGCCACUUUUACUACUGGAAUGAAUAUGCCUGUGGACGGUGGUAGGCAUGCUAUGUGCCCCAGAUAAAUAUCUACUUAUAUACACCUGUUGAAUAUGUCUUCUACAUUCUAAUGCGCGGUUGAUCUACUUUAUGUAACUGCAUUUAAAUUAUAUGCAUUCUCUAUUUGUUAUGUACAUAUGUACGUGUAUGUAUAUAUAAAAAUAAUAAAUAAUAAAAAUAACUAUAACUUACAAUUAUGAAUAGGCA